UGACGUCUCCUCUGUGCAAGUGGAUGGAAAAAUGCAGCUGCAGGAAAAAUGACUCCGAACACCGCACCGCUAAAAGGUGAUUAAGUCUUAACUCCUCAACCAUUUGGGCAACUCAGACUUAGAAGUGGUCCUUCUCAUGGCUCCAUCCACUUGACGCAAUGGCCCAAACACACAGUGGUAAUGGGUUCAAGCUGGAUGUCCCCAAGCCAAAGGGGGCUGUGGGCAAGGAGGAAGCCCUCCGCAUGGAAGAGGAGGCUUUAGCGAAAUUACAAAGGGAGAAGAGACACACUCUUCCAGUUUCAACAUCUUCAUCUUCCUCAAAACCAGUGGUGUCUAAGUCUGCCACUAUUGCUCCCAAACCACCUCCUUCCAAUAACAAACCCGACAAGGACCUUAUUGACUUCCCGGAGACUAAGAAACAGACAGAGCAGAACAAGUUCAGGGAUAUUGAUGUGAAUAAGCUGACCAAUGAGGAGCUUGAAAAGCUUCUACUUGAUGAAAACUUUGGUGUUAACAGCAAAGAGUCCAAGCCCUCGGCACUGCUGGGGUUUAACCUCAGUGCCUCUUACCCUGGAGGCCAUGCCUGUAGCUCGUCUCCUUUUCAGAGCAGCCAGUGGUCUUCUGUUCUGUCCUCUGCAUCUACGUCUAAAGUGUCCACUCCAUCCCAUCAGCCUAGCCCAUUGUUCCCCUCAGCUCCAUUUCCCAAACCAGGCACAUUUCAAAAUGGUUUCACUCCACCUAUAUCACCCUUUAUGACCCUGCCUGCACAGCAGCCAGCCUUCAUGACUUUACCUCCCAUCCAGCCUGCGGCUGCCUUGGUCUUCCCACAACCAACUGUAGACCCAGAGAUGGCCAAAUUGUUUGACAAGAUUGCCAGCACUUCAGAGUACUUGAAGAAUGGCCGAUCAGUCAGCACGGAUGUUGAUUCUUCUCAAGCGAGCCCUGCCUCUCUGGCACCCAACCCUCCACCCCAACAGCCAGCAGUGGUGGAAUCAUCUCACAUCAGCCGCUUUGACUGGCUGGAUCUGGACCCACUUACAAAGCACAAAGUGGAGAACGAGGACCCAUGUUUGACGUUACAAGGAGCUGCAGAGACGGUAUCAGAGGGUUCUGCCGGGGAUCCUUGGGAUGCAGUGCUUGAAACUAAAGGGAACAAUGGUAGUAAAGAAAGCAGCCCCCCUCUGGAGGGGAAAGUUUCACAUACAGUUCGCUCACAACAGAGGAGAGCAUCAACUGGAGCACCUGUCACUAGGAGUCACUCACUCAACAUCCCGGGGUCUUCCGCCCAGCACAUCCCAAAUAAUCAGGAGAAGGAAGAAGGAAAAGGUUUGGUGAAAAAUGCUGCUCUGGAGGAGCUGGAUGCUCAGAACCUGGAGAUUGUUUCAUUCUGUGAAGACACAGCAAGCCUGCGUUCCAAGUUUCCUCAUGAUGACAUUACGACCAACCCUGGCUUCGUGCUCAGCCCCGUCAUCACCCAGAGGGACGGUGGAGGUGACAGCAGCUGCUCUGUCAAAGUCUCCAUCGAAAUCUCUGAAUCUCAGCAGCCUGUAACUUUCACCUGCGAUGUGAGUUCUCCAGUGGAGCUGCUCAUCAGUCAGACUCUCUGUUGGGUCCAUGAUGAUCUGGACAAGGUGGACUUCUCCACCUAUUUACUCAAAGUCUGUGGUCGGGAGGAGGUGCUACAGAAACAAGGCCUUGCUGACUACUUGAAAGGCUAUCACAAUCAAGUCAACAUCUGCUUACAAAACGAGAGUACUCGGUACAAGACAGUGGACCGGGUGGUCCAGUGUGUGAAGAACAUGUGCCUUGCUUUAGACGAGGUGGAGACUCAGGCCGUUACAGAGGCUGUGAAAAGACUUCGUCACUCCGUCAAUUUACCCAGGACGCACUCCCCCAAGUUGGGGUCCACAUCACCUGGUGGCUCCAGUCCCGUGGAGGAGAGCAUAGCCUUGCUGACAAAGGCCGUCUAUGACCUGGCCAAGCUCUACCUGCGCUCCUUCUGUCCACCAUCAGCAGCUUUCAGCCCCCCUUCUUUGCCCCAGGCUGCAACAGAAGGUGAAGAAGUGGAGGAGAAGAGCUGCAAAGAAGCUUCUGGCACCACAGACCACCUUCAGUUUACUUUGUUCGCCUUGCACGGCAUUCCAGGCAACUGGGUCAGCAGCUAUGAGAAGUACUUCCUGAUGUGUUCGCUCACCCACAAUGGAAAGAACCUGUUUAAGCCCGUUCAUUCAAAGAGAGUGGGAACAUACAAAAACUUCUUCUACCACGUUAAAUGGGACGAAUUGAUUAUUUUCCCCAUCGCUGUAGCUGUGCUCCCGCUGGAGUCGGUCCUGAGCCUGACUCUGUUCGGAGUUCAGAACCAGAACGCCAGCGGCUCACCGGAUUCCAACAAACAGAGGAAAGCUCCCGAGUUUCUGGGCAAAGUCUCCAUGCCCCUUUUUGACUUCAGACGAGUACUCGCAGGAGGCACUCGGCUGUUGUGUCUGUGGACGUCUCCACAAGGAGCUGCUGCUGCUGGUCCUACAAGCAGCCACAGGAGAUUACCUACAGAAAGAAUCAUACUACAGCUGGACUUUCCCAACGCAGCAUUGGAUGUUCUGUACGUUGGACCCGAGGAAGCCCCUAGUCCCGAGCCCCACACACUGGAAGAGCUGGAUCCAGACCUCAGACGGAAGCUGGAGAAAAUCUGCAGCCGAGCCUCCAAUUUUGGCUUGAAGCGGUCUGAUCACCAGCUUCUUUGGGACCAUCGGCUCCACUGUCGGCGGGACCACCCCAGCAGCCUUCCCAAAGUGUUAGCCAGUGCGCCCAGCUGGGACUGGGCCAGCAUGGCUCACAUUCACUCCCUGCUGCACCACUGGCCCACCCUGCCCUUAGUCACUGCACUGGAGCUGCUUGACUCAAAGUUUGCAGAUACUGAAGUAAGAAGCGUGGCUGUAAGUUGGAUUGUAAAGAGCAGCGAUGAUGAGCUGGCUGACUACCUGCCUCAGCUUGUACAGGCCUUAAAGUUUGAGUGUCACCUAAAGAACGCGCUGGUUAUGUUCCUGUUAUCCAGAGCUCAGGCCAACAUCAACAUAACCCACCACCUGUACUGGCUGCUGAAAGAUGCUGUGCAGGAUCCAGCCUGGGGUCGUCGCUAUGAGCAGGUGCUGGGGGCCCUGCUGUGUCUGUGUGGAAGCAAGCUGAGGGCGGAGCUGGACAAACAAACCCAGCUGGUCACGCUGCUGGGAGUCGUAGCCGAGCGGGUCCGACAGGCUGGGGGCUCCGCACGUCAGGUCGCGCUCCAGGAAGGUCUUGAAAACGUUCAGAACUUUUUCCACAGAAACAGCUGCCGGCUGCCUCUUAGCCCCAGCCUGGUGGCUAAAGAGCUAAACAUCAAGGCCUGUUCCUUCUUCAGCUCCAACGCAGUUCCCCUCAAGCUGGCUCUGGUCAACGCCGACCCCCUGGGGGAGGAGAUCAACGUUAUGUUUAAGGUGGGAGAAGAUCUGAGGCAGGACAUGCUGGCUCUUCAGAUGAUUCGCAUCAUGGAUCGCAUCUGGCUGCAGGAGGGGCUGGACCUCCGUAUGGUCAAUUUUAAAUGCAUCUCCACCGACAAAGAUAAAGGCAUGGUGGAGCUGGUGCCGUCCUCUGACACUCUAAGAAAGAUUCAGGUGGAAUACGGUGUCACUGGAUCUUUUAAAGAUAAACCUUUGGCGGAAUGGCUCCGCAAAUACAACCCUGCUGAAGAUGAAUAUGAGAAGGCAUCGGAGAACUUCAUCUACUCCUGCGCCGGCUGCUGCGUUGCAACUUUCGUUCUUGGCAUCUGUGAUCGCCACAACGACAACAUCAUGCUGCGCUUCACUGGUCACAUGUUUCACAUUGAUUUUGGAAAGUUCCUGGGUCACGCUCAGAUGUUUGGCAGCUUUAAAAGAGACAGAGCUCCGUUUGUUUUGACCUCUGACAUGGCGUAUGUCAUCAACGGAGGCGAGCGUCCCACCAGUCGUUUCCAGCUGUUUGUAGAUCUCUGCUGCCAGGCCUACAACCUCAUCCGCAAGAACUCUGGGCUUUUCCUCAACCUGCUGUCUCUGAUGACGUCGUCAGGCCUGCCGGAGCUGAGCGGCUCUCAGGAUCUGAAGUAUGUGUUUGAUGCUCUGCAGCCGCACAACACCGACGCUGAGGCCACGAUCUUCUUCACCAGGCUGAUAGAGUCCAGUCUGGGAAGCAUAGCCACCAAGUUUAAUUUCUUCAUCCAUAAUCUUGCCCAGCUGCGCUUCUCUGGCCUUCCUGCCAACGACGAGCCGAUCCUGUCCUUCUCGCCAAAGACGUACACUAUGAAGCAGGAUGGACGCAUCGUCCACGCCUCCAUCUUCUCUUUCCAGAAGAGAUACAACCCUGAAAAGCACUAUACCUACGUGGUGAGGCUCCUCAGGGAAGGUCAGACUGAGCCUCAGUUUGUUUUCCGCACUUUUGACGAGUUUCAGGAGCUUCACAAUAAACUGACCAUUCUUUUUCCACUCUGGAAGCUGCCGGGUUUUCCUAACAAAAUGGUGCUCGGUCGCACCCACAUUAAAGAAGUGGCAGCCAGGAGGAAGUUGGAGCUCAACAGUUACGUGCACAACCUGAUGAGAUGCUCCGCAGAGGUCACGCAGUGUGACCUGAUCUACACCUUCUUUCAUCCAAUCGCUCGAGAUGAGAAGACGGAGAACUUGGAGACGACACCCAGAGCUCCCGAACCUCCGUUGAGCCCCACUUCGGGUCGGGUGGAAGGAGAAGUGAAGCUCUCCGUCUCGUACAGAAAUAGCACUCUAUUUAUCAUGGUCAUGCACAUCAAAGAUCUGGUUUCUGAAGAGGGAACAGAUCCAAACCCGUACGUAAAAACCUACCUGCUUCCAGAUCCUCACAAGUCCUCCAAACGCAAGACCAAGAUCGCCAGAAAAACCAGGAACCCCACCUUUAACGAGAUGCUGGUGUACAGCGGCUACAGCAAAGAAACGCUCGGCCUGCGGGAGCUGCAACUGAGCGUGCUCAGUGCCGAGUCGCUGCGUGAGAACUACUUCCUGGGCGGCAUCAGGCUCAGACUAAAAGACUUUGAUCUCAGCAAAGAGACGGUCAAGUGGUACAAACUAACGAGCGUUCCCUACUUCUGAGCCCCGACAACAUUCACAUCGUAUGGGAAACGCUGCAGCAGAGACCUUUCUGGAAAAUGUUGCUCACCUCAGCUUUUACAUCUUAAAAACAAUCCUGCAGGACUUAAAGUCUGGAAAUGGAUUAGUGUUUUCUUUCAUGGGGAUUAAUAUGAUCACAAUUAAAAAUAGAAACAGGAAUAUUUUCCUUUUAAAACGAAUCGAACUUACCAUUUCUUUCACUUGUAGCAGUGCGUGUUAAGGUUUGUGCAUGUGGGCUGAAAUGAUGUAUUAUGAACUACGCACGUUGACCUUAUUCGAAUGAAUUUUAUCACGAGAUGGCGUAAAAUUAAUUUGCUGCUUCGGAUGUUCCCAUACGACACGAAUGUGUUCAGCGUUCUUUCGGCUGCGCUCAAAGAGGCAACAAACAAACGUGCAAAGCUUUUUUUUGUUUUGUUUUCACUUUGCUUUCAAACUUGUUUGUGACAAACAAUCUCCUGAGUUUGUCUUGCUUUUCUUAAGUGUAACAAACAUCUGUAAUAUUUUGUACAUUUUGACAUUAGAGGACCAAAUGGCUUACUUUCAGAAGAGUAUAUAUGUAGACUGACAGUUUUUUUUAAGAAAUAGAAACUUUCCCUGUUGUAAAAAAAAAAAAAAAAAAAAUCAGGGUUUUGUGGAGUAGCUCAUCAACGAUUAGAGAAAAAUCAGCUGAAGUUUCCUCAAAGUGCCAAAAUUAGUUUAAAAAAUGGGACCGAGAUUCCACACCGUCUUGUUGGGAGCGAUGCCUUUGUUCUCAGAAUUUCUUCUGUGAUGCUCGACUUUAUCUUAUUACUAAAUUUAUUUUCUUAACAUUGUAAUAUCACAGAAAAAAGUCUCUCAAGCUAUGAAUAUAGUUUUUCCAGCGCUGGUCUGGUGUCAGACUGGAACCAGACAAGUAUUUUUAUAACAAUGGGCCUUUGUCUCGUCAUAUUUCUUGACUGUUUUCACACAGCACACAUUAAAGGGCAAAUUGUAUCAUAAGCUUGGGAAUGCGCUCACUUGUCAGUCUCCUGAAUGACGAUAGCGGUCGCCUAAUAAUGCUGAGCACAUGUCUGUUCAGUACCUGAGAAGCAAAAAUCAGAAACGGAGUCCCUCCUGGAGUUUGGACAUGAAACGGUGCUCGAGCACGAACAACACAAACACUCCCAGUGCUUCAAAGUAAGACAAACUAAUAAUUGGUGUUGAACUCCAGGAGCAGGAAGGUUUUUAUAUUUAAAUGAGGAAAUAAUUUGAAUGUCUUGUUCAAUAACUCUGAUGUAAAACAUCUUCACAAGAAGGGAACAAUAUCCUGUGCAAGUUGAUGCCUACUUCGCUAUAAAUCUAAAGUUGUGUUGAUGUUUAUUAAAGAAAUUAAGGUAUUUCUUCUGAAAAGGUUUUUAUUGAUCUACGACACAUAUGUCACGCUAUAAAUAUUACUGCCUUGAUCUGCUCUUAUAGUAACUGUACAAAGAAAGCAAAGAGUUUGUACUAACUGGGCCAGUAAUUUAUUUUUAAUUGGUGACCUCUAGCCUGA